GAGGUUGCUUCACAAUUGUGAGCUGUGAUAUCCGCCUCCAAAUUGAUGCAAGCUUUUUCCACAAAAAUUUCAAAACGAAAUAGUGAUACCCAAAUAAGAUUUCUAUGCUUUUCUAAUUUUCAAAACUCAAUUGAUCAGGUCUAAUAUGCAAGUCACGAUAGUUCCAAUAGUGGAAGUAGGUCGUUCCACUCCCUUCUUCACUUUCCCAGCCAGAGGCCGAACUUAUAAAGUCUCUACCUAGCAAUUAACAUGCUGUAAAUGUAAUCCAAUCCCAUUUUUUCAAACUAAACAACUUGACCAUAUAUGGCUUCCUCAAAAUCCAUUUCCCUAAUGGUAGCAGCAGCAGCAGUUGCAGUGUAUUGGACUGCUUCGGUUUUUUCAUCUGUUAUGUCAUUGCAGGCAGUAUCAACACAAUUAGAAGGUGAGGCUCUGCUUAAGAGUGGAUGGUGGAGUGAGUACAAGAGCAACAGCUCUCUGGAUCAUUGCCAAUGGGCUGGUGUAACCUGUGAUGGUGCCAGAAGGGUCGCUAAAAUUUCUCUGUCUUCUACCCGCAUAGGGGGAGAUUUCAAGAAAUUCAACUUCUCUUGCUUCCCAAACCUUGAACAUCUCCAUCUUAGUGGUGUUGGAAUCAAUGGGCGCAUCCCAAACCAGAUCGGUGCUCUAUCAAAAGUCACCUACCUCAACUUGUCCGGGAAUCGUCUAACUGGUGAACUACCUCCUUCAUUGGCUAACCUCACACAACUAGUGGAGCUGGACCUUUCUUACAAUUAUCAUAUUGGUUCCAUCCCCUCCUCUAUUGGAUAUUUCAAGAGUUUGAUUACUCUUAAUGCGAGUAAUAACAACCUCAUUGGUCCUAUUCCAUCAUCUUUAGGUCAUUUAACCAAUUUGAAGUCCCUAGACCUUUCUUUUAAUGACAUCAAUGGUCCAAUACCGUCAUCUUUGGGUCGUUUAACUCGUCUAACGUCUCUUUCUCUUUCUUAUAAUGGUAUCAAUGACUCCAUCCCUCCAGAAAUAGGAAAUAUGGAGAAUUUGGAAGCUCUGGACCUAAGUAGUAACAGGCUGACUGGUAGCAUACCGCAUGAGCUUACAAAAUUAUUUGGACUUAAGUUCCUUGAUCUCUCUAAAAAUAAGUUGAGUGGACCUAUCCCGAAUGAUCUUUGGAAAUGCUCCAACUUGACGUACUUCUUGUUAUGUUGCAAUGAUUUGAAUGGAAGCAUUCCUCCUCGAAUUUUCAGCCUUAAUAGUAUUUCUUUCAUUGACCUCAGUCGUAACUCCAUUGUUGGAGAGAUACCUUCUCAACUAGGCAAAUUGAAAAAUUUGUCGUUGAGACUGUCCUGCAAUCAUAUAUCUGGUACCAUUCCUCUUUCUCUCGCCUACCUACGUGAUUUAGAUGUCUCAUACAAUGAUCUGGAGGGUAAAAUACCAGAGGAUCUUUUGUUCAGAUUUUCACCUGCAGCAUUUGAAGGCAACAGAGGCUUAUGCAGUGAGAAGACAGGUUUACCUCCUUGCUCCACAAAUGAAAAUAGAGUCACACGCUAUAUUUCUAUUUUUAUUCCCAUUGCUAUGUUCCUUGCUUUUAUAAUUCUCGGAUACCUGUUAUUCUCUCAAUGUAAGGGUAGGAAUGCCCAAUGGGAAACAAGAGACUCAAAGAAUGGAGAUCUAUUCUCGGUAUGGAAUUUUGACGGAAAGAUUGCUUACAGGGACAUAAUUGAAGCAACGGAGGAUUUUGACAUUAGAUAUUGCAUUGGUACUGGAGGUUAUGGCAGUGUUUAUAAAGCAAAAUUGCCUAGUGGGAAAGUAAUUGCUUUGAAGAAAUUCCACCAUUUUGAAGCUGAGGAACCAACUUUUGACAGAAGUUUUAGGAAUGAGGUUUGCAUGUUGACAAAGAUACGGCAUCGGAACAUUGUUCAGCUUCAUGGAUUUUGUUUGCAUAGACAAUGCAUGUUUCUAAUUUAUGAGUACAUGGAAAAUGGGAGCUUAUUUUGCACUCUUAGGGAUGAUGUUCAAGCUGUGGAACUAGAUUGGAGUAAGAGGGUGGACAUUGUAAAAGGCAUGGCACAUGCUAUAUCUUACAUGCAUCAUGAUUGCACGCCAGCAAUUGUUCACCGAGAUAUAUCGAGCAACAACAUUCUUUUGAACUCAAAACUUAAGGCCUUUGUCUCAGAUUUUGGCACAGCUAAACUUCUAGAUCCAGAUUCAUCCAAUCAAACAGUAAUUGCUGGCACUUAUGGCUACGUUGCUCCAGAACUUGCCUACACCAUGGUUGUGACAGAAAAAUGUGAUGUAUAUAGCUUUGGAGUGGUCGCACUUGAAAUAAUUAUGGGAAAGCAUCCUGGAGAACUCCUCUCCUCAUUAUUAUCGUCAUCUGCUCAGAAUAUUAUGCUGAAUGAUGUCUUAGACCCACGCCCCUCGCCUCCAACAGAUAUUCUUGUGGCAUCUGAGAUUGUUUUGGUUGGAAUGUUAGCAUUUGCUUGUUUGCAUGCCAACCCGAGAUGUCGACCAACAAUGAAGCAUAUUUCUCAGGAAUUUCUCUCUCACAGAAUUCCACUAGCCAAACCAUUCCAUGAGAUUUCUGUUUUGCAGCUUAGGGGGUAUGAGAUGCACUUGGCAAGUACUGAAAAUGAAAAUCAAUCGUAAAUCUUGAAUGUUUCAGAUAUGGCUGUUUGAAGAUUGUUGCCCAUGCAAUUGAAUUCUCAGUGACACUUUUUGAUUUGCUGUUGGAUAGCUGAGAUUAGUAUCUGCAAUACAGAAUCUAAAGAAUCUGGCAUGUCUAUUUCUCACUCUUUCCAUUCUGUCCAAAUUGUCCGUUUCUUACAUAUGAUUAUAUGAUUUAAUAACCAUUUUUGAGUUGUUCAGAAACCAUGCAUGUUCAGAGAUUGAAAGCUCUACAAACACAUACCAGAGAUUGAAAAGCUUCCCAAAUUUGUAUUAGUGGAAUUAUGAACUACUUUUAUACAAUUUUCAACUGGGACUAUCACUAUAUAGUUGAAGGAGAAUAAAUUCAGGUCCAUAUAUGAUAAUGAAUGGAAAAACCUGAAUUCUCAGUUGAUGAAUCA